CCGAGCCCUUCCCUCCGAUCCAGUGCGUCCCCGGGUCCCCCAGGGGCUGCGACCGCUCCGGCCAUGGCCCCCCGGCGCCGCGCCAGCCCAGGGGUCGCUGUCGCCAGCUGCUGGCUCCUCACCGUUCUUCUAGGCUUCUGCCUAUCAUUCAAUGUGGAUGUGAAAAACUCAAUGACUUUCAGUGGCCCGGUGGAGGACAUGUUUGGAUAUACUGUUCAACAAUAUGAAAAUGAAGAAGGAAAAUGGGUGCUUAUUGGUUCUCCUUUAGUUGGCCAACCCAAGAACAGAACUGGAGAUGUUUAUAAGUGUCCAGUUGGGAGAGGUGAAUCAUUACCUUGCAUAAAGUUGGAUCUACCAGUUACUACAUCAAUUCCCAAUGUCACAGAAGUAAAGGAGAACAUGACAUUUGGAUCAACUUUAGUCACCAACCCAAAAGGAGGGUUUCUGGCAUGUGGGCCCUUAUAUGCCUACAGAUGUGGACACUUGCAUUACACAACUGGAAUCUGUUCUGAUGUCAGCCCUACAUUUCAAGUCCUGAACUCAAUUGCUCCAGUACAAGAAUGUAGCACUCAGCUGGACAUAGUCAUAGUGCUGGAUGGUUCCAACAGUAUCUACCCCUGGGAAAGUGUUACCGCUUUUUUAAAUGACCUCCUUAAAAGAAUGGAUAUUGGUCCUAAACAGACACAGGUUGGAAUUGUACAGUAUGGAGAAAAUGUAACCCACGAAUUCAACCUCAAUAAGUAUUCAUCAACAGAAGAGGUGCUUGUUGCAGCAAACGAAAUAGUCCAGAGAGGUGGCCGCCAGACCAUGACAGCCCUUGGAAUAGACACAGCAAGGAAGGAGGCUUUCACUGAAGCCCGGGGCGCCCGAAGAGGGGUUAAAAAAGUCAUGGUAAUUGUGACUGAUGGUGAGUCCCAUGACAACCACCGACUGAAUAAGGUCAUCCAGGACUGUGAGGAUGAAAGCAUUCAGCGGUUUUCCAUAGCUAUUCUUGGCAGCUAUAACCGAGGAAAUUUAAGCACUGAAAAAUUUGUGGAGGAUAAAUCAAUUGCAAGUGAACCCACAGAAAAACAUUUCUUCAAUGUCUCUGAUGAAUUGGCGCUGGUUACUAUUGUUGAAGCUCUGGGAGAAAGAAUCUUUGCCCUGGAAGCUACAGCUGACCAGUCGGCAGCUUCUUUUGAGAUGGAAAUGUCUCAGAUGGGCUUCAGCGCUCAUUAUUCACAGGACUGGGUCAUGCUCGGAGCAGUAGGAGCCUAUGAUUGGAAUGGAACAGUCGUCAUGCAGAAGGCUAAUCAAAUCAAAAUUCCCCCAAACAAGACCUUUAAUGUCGAGUCUACCAAAAAGAAUGAACCUCUUGCUUCUUAUUUAGGUUACACAGUAAACUCUGCCACUGUUCCUGAGGAUGUGAUUUACAUUGCGGGACAGCCACGGUACAAUCACACAGGCCAGGUGGUCAUCUACAGGAUGGAGAAUGGGGGCAUCAGGAUUCUCCAGGCACUCAGAGGGGAACAGAUUGGGUCCUACUUUGGCAGCGUUUUAACGACAGUUGACAUUGAUAAAGAUUCUAACACGGACAUUCUUCUGGUCGGGGCUCCCAUGUUCAUGGGUACAGAGAAGGAGGAACAAGGAAAAGUGUACGUCUAUGCCCUGAAUCAGACAAGGUUUGAAUAUCAAAUGAGCCUGGAACCCAUUAAGCAGACUUGUUGUUCAUCUCUGAAGCACAAUUCAUGCACAAAGGAAAACAAAAAUGAGCCAUGUGGGGCUCGUUUUGGAACAGCUAUUGCUGCUGUGAAAGACCUCAAUCUUGAUGGAUUUAACGACGUUGUGAUAGGAGCGCCCCUGGAAGAUGAUCACGGGGGAGCUGUGUACAUUUAUCACGGCAGCGGCAAGACUCUAAAGGAAGAGUAUGCACAACGUAUUCCAUCAGGUGGAGAUGGUGAGACACUGAAAUUUUUUGGCCAGUCUAUCCACGGAGAAAUGGAUUUAAAUGGUGACGGCCUGACUGAUGUCACUAUUGGGGGCCUUGGUGGUGCUGCCCUCUUCUGGUCCCGGGACGUGGCUGUAGUCAAAGUGACCAUGAAUUUUGAACCCAAUAAAGUGAAUAUUCAAAAGAAAAACUGCCAUAUGGAGGGGAAGGAAACAGUAUGCAUAAAUGCCACCGUAUGUUUUGAUGUGAAAUUGAAGUCCAAAGAAGACAUGGUUUACGAAGCUGAUAUGCAGUACCGUGUUACACUAGAUUCUCUAAGGCAGAUAUCACGGAGUUUUUUCUCUGGAACUCAAGAGAGAAAGAUUCAAAGAAACAUCACAGUUCGAGAAUCAGAAUGCACUAAGCAUUCCUUCUACAUGUUGGACAAGCAUGACUUUCGGGACUCUGUGAGAAUAACUGUGGAUUUUAAUCUUACUGAUCCAGAAAAUGGACCUGUUCUUGAUGAUUCUCUACCAAAUUCAGUACAUGAAUAUAUUCCCUUUGCCAAAGAUUGUGGCAACAAGGAAAAAUGUAUCUCGGACCUCGCCCUGAAUGUAUUCACCACAGCAGAGGGCCUGCUUAUUGUCAGGUCCCACAAUGAUAAGUUCAAUGUUAGCCUCACAGUCAAAAAUAAGAAGGACAGUGCCUACAACACCAGAACCAUAGUGAAUUAUUCUCCAAAUCUGAUUUUUUCAGGAAUUGAGGCUAUCCAGAAAGACAGUUGUGAAUCCAAUCAUAACAACUGUAAAGUUGGAUACCCUUUCCUGAGAAAAGGAGAAGUGGUAACAUUCAAAAUAUUAUUUCAGUUUAACACAUCUUAUCUCAUGGAAAAUGUGGUCAUUCAUUUAAGUGCAACAAGUGACAGUGAAGAGCCUCCUGAAGCCCUUUUUGAUAAUGAAGUAAACAUUUCUGUUCCUGUGAAAUAUGAAGCUGGGCUACAGUUUUACAGCUCUGCAAGUGAGUACCACAUUUCAAUUGCGGCAAAUGAAACAGUUCCUGAAGUUAUUAGUUCUACCGAGGACAUUGGAAAUGAAAUUAAUAUCUUCUACUUGAUUAGAAAAAGUGGGCAGUUUCCAAUGCCCAAACUUAAGCUGUCCAUUUCAUUCCCCAACAUGACAUCAGAUGGUUUUCCUGUAUUGUACCUGAGUGGAUGGUCAUCUUCUGAUAAUGCACACUGCAGACCCAGUAGCCUUCAGGAUCCCUUCGGUAUCAACUCUGGGAAUAAGAUGACUAUAUCCAAAGAUCUUAAACGAGGCACCAUGCAGGACUGCAGAACAUGUAAAUUUGCUACCAUCAUGUGUAAUCUGAUUCCUUCUGACAUGAACCAAGUGAAUGUUUCGCUUAUCUUAUGGAAACCAACUUUUAUAAAAGUACAUUUUUCCACCUUAAAUCUUACUAUAAGGGCAGAACUUGAAAGUGAAAAUACAUCAUUAGUUUUAAGUGCUGGUAAUCAAAAAAGAGAGCUUGCUAUUCAAGUAUCCAAAGAUGGGCUGCCUGGCAGAGUACCAUUAUGGGUUAUCCUGUUGAGUGCUUUUGCUGGAUUGUUGCUAUUAAUGCUGCUCAUAUUAGUACUGUGGAAGAUUGGAUUCUUCAAAAGACCACUAAAGAAGAAAAUGGAGAAGUGAAAUAUUUUAGAAGAGAAAAAAUAACAAUUAUUCAAUGAUCCUUCCUCAGGUUUGCCUCAAAUAUGUGACAAGAAAUUUAUAAUAACAGUUAAAGACAUAGUCACAUAACUUUAUGUAAUCCAUCAGGGAUUAAUACCUUAGAAAGUGACAGAUCAAGCAAGAUCCAAAACAAUACCUUUAAGAUAUAUUUUAUAAAAUGUUGAAAAGUAUUUUUAAAUAAUUACUCAUUUUUGUUGAGUAUUUAAGCAAAAUUACAAAGUGUUUUGAAGAUGAAAAGUAACCUGUACAAAUAUGUUUAUAUAUUAAAUCAUCAUUCAAAAUAUUUAAGGAAUACAUAAAAUAUUUUAUAAUCAUUGAAAUAUUUACUUUGAAAAACAAUAUAAAUUAAGGUUUUUUUCAUUGAUUCCUGAUGGAUAUCCACAUUCAGCAUGAUAGUCAACAUUUGUAAAUGCCAAGAAAGGAAUUACCUGAAAAAGAUCACUUCCCCCUAUUUAAAUGACAAAAAGUUCCCUGGUGGAGUCUGUCUACAAUAUGGACUGAAAAUAGAAUUAAAUCACUGCGAAUACAUUCAGCAUCUUUGUGUUGGGUUCUGUGCUUGGAAAGUUUUCUUUCCAAAGUACUUGGAAAACAGUGUAAUUGAGCUGAAAUUCUAUCUAGGAUAGAAAUUCAAGAUAGACUUGUUUAAAAGCAAGUGCACUGUAUGGAUUAAUUUAAGCUUUUACAGAACAUGCUUAAUUUUGAUAUUGAACUCUAAAACUCAAAACUCUUUUAUACUGAAAAAGCACAACAAUUUUUUAUGGUGUAGCAGUGAUUGUCACAAAAAAAUUGCUUUGUCUGUGGACUGUGUUAAAAUGGUUUCUUAAUGGAGUAUGGCAAUGUAGAUGUGUGCAUCGAAAUGCUGGUCAUCUUUGCUGGGCAGCUUUUAACAUGAGGGGUCCCAGGUGUAACCAAAAGUAGGAGUUGGCUCAAUUCCUUGGUACAUGGUUCAUUCAAACCCUCAAGCUGUGAGAGUAUGUUUUAUUUUUAAUAUUUUUACAGGUAUUUAAUUUUCCAAACAUAGUUCUUCUUUUUAUAAAAAGGCAGUAUUCCAUUUUAGUAUUGCAUUUUACCAAUAAGCCACUAAUUUUUGAGUGUGGCAUAUCAGUAUUUAAAUAGAUCUCCAGAAAUGUAUUUUAAAGAAUUUCGGGUUUGAAAACCUGGCCCCAACAGAAAGACAUCACACCUUUUUAUGAGCAUCUUUGUUCUUGAAGUAAUCAUUAUGGUGCCUUGGGCUCUACUGUAGCUUAAGCUCCUUGGUUUCUCAAUUUCCUGGGGUUGGGGGGGGGUGGAUAAUGAAUGAAUGUAUAUGUGAACUACUGCUGUAAAAUUUGCUGAUCCUUCUGCAACAACUCCAUGUCUCCACCUGAUUGACCAUCACAAGAUCAGAGCCUGUAAUUAUCCACAAAGUCCUACUCUUCUCAAAAAGCAACAAAUGAGUGGAGAAGUUAAAUGCCAUGAAUUUAAUUUUUAAAAACUAAUUCCGUGGAGUUCCUUGAUGGCUCAGAAGGUUAAGGAUCUGGCAUUGUCCCUGCUGUGGCUCUGGUUGCCCCAGGAACUUCCCUAUGCCGCGGGCACAGCCAAAAAAAAAAAAAAAAAAAAAAAAAUUCCAGGGAAUUGUCUAUGGACUCAAAGGCAGCCUACCUCAUGGCUCUCUACAUCUACAUCUAAGAUCCUGGUGGUCAAAAGCAUGCACCUGGGGAGAGCUGAAGUCAUCAGUAGCUAGAAGAAAGGCUAAAUCUUUCCAGAGAGUCAUAUCCUCUUGCUGGCCUGUCAUUGCUCAGAAAUGUCCAAUUUUAGAAUUUUCUUCAUUCCUGCUAUCUGCCUUCAGGUUUAGAAAUCAUUCUUUCCACCUGUUCUUUUUCUGCUCAACCAAACUCAGGUCUCUCUGAUUCAGAGUCACCAUGUUGCACAACCCCAGUGCACAUGCUCACAGCUCUGCUCCAAGCUCGGCGCAUUCUUAGAAAUAAGUCUAACAGAUAAAAAUUUUAAAAUUCAUGCUUGUACUCUGUGACUGCUGGGCAAAGCAUGCAUUGAACCAGGAGUGUUGCACAUUUCAACUAAUAUGUUGUUAACCCAAAGGGGAAAAAUAGAAAAGAUGGCAUUUGAAACUUUUUAGAAAAGAGAGGAAGAGCUAUUUGAUCUGAUCCUAAUGAAAUUGCUGCUUAUAAUAAGCCUGGCAAAAUUUUUAACAUAAAUAAUUCCUGGGUUUUAAGUAGACUAUUUAAUGAGCCAGAUAUCCCAUUUCCCUAACAUUGUAAUUUGUUGAGGUUUAUGUGCAUAUGUGUGUAUCUGUGCAUAUGUAUGUAUAUCAACACACAUACACACACAUACACAUGCACACAUGCAUGGACACAAAUUGAAGGAAAAAAAUAACUCAACGCCAAGUGGCAGAGUUUAUAUAAAAUAAACACACAAAAACUACACCACAAAAAAAUUCAAUUUGUUCACUCUGUAUAUAGUUUUCACUUUCAUUAAUAUUUAACUGUAGCAUUCAGUUAUGCAACUAUCUAAAAGUCAUAAAUGUAGAGGCUUUGACCAAGAUACUAACUCAACAGAUGCCCCAAAUUGGCUUUGUACAAAUAUUCUAAAACACCAUCAAUGAUUAAGAAAUAUACUAAACUCUAUCAUUUGAUUUUAAAACACUUAAUCAGAAAAAUGAUACGUAAGACAUUUAUGAGCUUACUGGUUAAAUCAAAUUGCAAAACACUUUCUUUUUGAAACUUUGAUGUCUUUUAAAUUAAUCAUUGCUUCCACUGUGAACUGAACUAUGUAUGCAUCUCCUUCUCAGACCAAACCUACAAUGGUAUAUUAUUGGUAAAUUAUUUAACAACUGGCUCUCCAGGAGGAAAUAAAUCCCUGAGUUGUGUCAUUUGCCAAUUUCCAUGAUCUGAAUAGUUUGCCAUGGCCAUUUUCAAGCUACCAACAAUAGCCCUAACCAGCUUGCAAAAUUCCUGAAAAUGUAUUUGUUAGCUUUCAUGAACCAGUAUGAGCUGGCUUCAGUGCACUAUUGAGACAGAUUAGAUGUCAAUGAUAAAGAAAGAGAAGGAAGGGAGGGAGGGAGGGAGGGAGGAGGAAGGAAAAGAGAAAGGGUGGAAGGGGGGAGAAAAAGGAGAGAAAGGAAAGAAGAAAGAAAGGAAAGAAGACAAAAAUAUUCUUAAAAUGCUAAUCUCAAGCCCAGAAGACAUAAUUCUACAUAGUUCCCAAUUCUUCAAUUCAAUUUCUAAAAGUAUAGCCUUCCUUUAAUAUUAAUAAAAUGAUAUAAAUCUGCAGGAAAAGGAAGGAGUUGAAAGCAAAACAAUGUCAAGGGUGACACACUAAAAAUCAGACCUCUGCAGCCACAGAGAAGCUGUUUCACUUUCUCUGGGAAUCCAGAGCCCUGGAGCCAGACUGUGAAAGGUCAUCCUUGGUAAAAAAAAUUGUAAUUUCUGGGAUCCAGUUUGAACUUCAGUGAUCCAAUUUGUCCAAUUAUUUUUCUCCAAGCACUCGAUUCAUGGGUGAUGUAAUCUCUGAAUAUUUUCUGUGUCACAAGCGUCCUUGAAACAACUUGUGGGAGGACAUAUUUUUACAAAAUUUGGUGCUUACUCAAGCAUAAUCAUUUAUCAUUUUACCUUCUAUAAAAGCAGUAUCUAGGCUCAAUUGGAAAACAAGUGUUCGCUCCAGAGCGAAAGGUGGUUGCACAGUGCUUGCGGAAAGCCGAGUGGGAGGAGAGGCCGAGAGAAGGUCUGGUGUGUUCUCUGCAGGCAGCCCCAAAGGGCCACCGCUUGCACUGUGCCAAGGGCUGCCCGCCAGCUUCUAUGCAGUGCACUUUCCCGCAGGAAAUCCUCACUGUCAGAUAUGCAACCUGCUCCGUGGGAACCGUCUUGCUCCACAUAACGCUGAGAAAACUCGGGAAGACCCGGGCUCCGAGCAUGGUUCAUGUGCCAGAGACAGUCAUGUGCUCGAAUAAAGAGGCCUCUGGCAAAUCAGGGUUUGCAAAACAGUAUCCUACAUACCCUUUGCUGAUUUUCAACACUUCUCGAGUCUCCCUCCAUUAGUCUUCUCCUCCAAAGAAGACUUCCAAGAAGGCCCCUAGAGAAAAAUCUGUUUAAAUCAUGUGCUCUGUUUGCUGUGAGGACCAGCUCUGUGAUUUGAUCACUGACACAGAUUUCAGUCCUCUGUUCUUCUGUGGCACUCUAAAGGGUUGAUAUGGUAUAAUAUAGUGGAGACAAAAAGAAAGGCAUUUCAGACAUGGAGCAGCUUAAAGAAAUUUGCAAAUACUCUCAGUACCUGUGACAGUUGAGGGGCUGGCAGGAUUUAGCCCCUCAGUGGGGCUCCAUCAGCAUCCCUAAUCCCAUCCUCACCCUUGGAAAUAAUAAUCUAAAAAACAAAAAGAAGAGCUGUAAAAUCCUCAAAGUGGUACUAUUUUUUAAUUAAAGUAUACAGUCUAACUGUAAACAGCAGGCAUUUUAAUGCAAAUACAACUUCAAGGUGAUUCCACUGGGCAACCCUUCCAAUCAGACUUCUGUCCCUAAACACCUCCUACCCAGAAAUUCAGAAACCUCCACUGAAGGUGAACUGUGUUGUGCCUUACAAAAGACUAAAUACUGCCACUUCCUGAAUGGGAGCGCUGUUAUGCAACAUUUUACGUAAAACAAUAAAAAAGAGUUCAAAUCUAACAUUGUCAUCUGGUGAAUGAGUCACUAUUUUUUUAUCCUCCUAUUAAAAUGUAACCUUGAAUUUGGAAAUUCCAAGUGAGGAUCUUUAACCACCAACCUUGAGAGAAAGUACAGGAGCCUAGGUAGGCUCUUCCGCCCCAGCCCCAUCAUCCUCUACCUCUGGUGCCCAAGAGGUCCAGUUCUUAAGCCUGAGCUCCUGAAUCCACAGUGUCCCAGGAUCAGCCCUCCCACAUCAGACGUACACAUAAACACUGGCUGAAGUUUUACCAUACCAAAAAAUUUACAAGGAUGAAUUAUCACUUGUAAUGUUGGACUCCCUGCUUUGAGAUCGGCAUUUUUUUUUUUUUUUUCUCCCUUUGAAAGUAUAAGAAAGCCUUUCUCUCAGAGCUAAUGAGUUCAGAGCUUUAUACUAGACUUCCAGGCUAGAGAAUUUCAAGGCCUGGAGGACCUGGCACUAGGACCCAGGGCCCAUUUGCAGGAUCUCUCUGCUUUCUGCUUCCCAGAUGGUUUCCUCUCUUCUCAGCUGUACGGUGGGGAAUGUUUGGUUUUAAUUUGGGUUCUCUUGGCAAGGCCAUGCUAAGCCUGGUGCGCCUCGAAGGGCCUUGAGGGCUAGAUGUUCUUUGUUGGAGAGUUGAGGCUUGGAAAUCCUUUACGUAUCUGACACACUGUGGAAAUCAUGGCAAUAUCUAGGCGACGCCAGUGACACGCAUAACUAUGACUAUGUUUGAUCUUAACCAUGUUUCAAGUGACAUCAUGAUGGAAAAAGACUAAGUCUGGAAUUUCAGGGGCAUUUCAGCAACACUGAGACUCCGAAUUGAAUGUUUCAUUGCAGUUUAAUCUACGCAUGAAGCUUAAGAGCAAAAUUUUGUAAAGAAAUCUUCCCAAUGACAAUGAAAGCCAGGUGUCUUCUUGAACAGUCCCCUGCUGACAGUUCCUGUCCCCACCCCUAUUUUUUAAAAGCCGGAAAGAAGAUUAAAUGGGGAAAAAUGAGUGGCAUCAUUGUUUCUUUCUGCUACAGAGGAGCCACGUAGGAGGGAGUCAGCACACAGCAUAGGCACUGUGGCUUUCUGAGAGGUCUUAGCAUCAUAGGUCCAGUGGCAGGUGACAGUGUUCCUGCCAUGGCCCUGAGGCAUCUUGGAUCCUGAGAGACAAAAAAAAUGGGGCAGGGGGAGGAGAUGAAGCAAUUUAUCUUUUUUGUAUGUACACUUACUCCUCUAAAUACUGUAAGCUCCCGUAGACCACUUCAUUCUGGCCACAGUACCAACACAUGUACUUCACACAAGUAAAUUAUUAAUUAAAUAAGAGUAAAAAUAUAUUCUUGCCUGUCUAUUAACUAGGACUAAUUUCCUGGUGUUUAACAUACUUUGGCUCAAGUAAAAACAACCAUUUGAAGCAGCAAUGGUUCAGAUCUUCUUCAUACUAGGACCAGUUCACACAGUAUAUCCCAAUACUGAGUGUUUAAUUGAGAGAGACCCCUGCCCUUAUUCAGGAUGCAACAGCCACCUUCUGCAUUCCUCCUAAGGGAACGGUGACCUGGAAUGAGAAUGGUGUACUGUGUGUUACUACUGUAAGGAUGUAAAGUUACCGGAUUGUGUCCAUUUUAUUAAAAAGGCAAACAUUGUCUAUAGUAACUACUGCUCUGAAAUAUAUAUUAUACGCACUCCAAUAAACUUCUGCAUGGCCUAACAAAGUAUAUUCAUUGCUUAUUUUUUAUUUACCUCGGAAUAAAUUCAUUAAAAUGAAUAACAAGGGCAUGUGCAUUUUUAUGACUUUUAUCAGACCAACUCGCUAGAAGAAAAUGCUUUGAUUGCACUCAAGAACAAAGAAGUAUGAACUGUGUUGAUUCUAGUAAUUUAUUAAGUGCCAAAUUUCAACGCAUUUUUAAAAAGAAAUCUGUUAUGGGUAACAAUGAUCUAAGUUGUUAUAUUUAGAAAUAGCUGAGUUGAAGAGUGUUUUGAAUGUCCUAUGUAUGGUGCAUCCUGUACACUGAUUUAAGGUCAGAAGUUUGAUAUUUUUGUAUAAUUCUAUCUUAUCUUGUGCAUCAGCUGUGUAUUUUACGUCAAGGUAAAUGAACAUCCUGUCAUAUGUUAAAUAAAAAAUGACUCUUUCAAAGAA